CUUUUGAACGCGUUUUCCCCAAGCGCUCCCAAGCGUCCUUUCUUCGACAUGAAAGGAAUUUGACACAGCGACCCCGAGACUGGCGGCGUCACAAUUGGGUCCUUAAUGAGUUCGAUAACGGAUGUCUCAGAGUGGAAGCUAAGGCCUAUAUAUGAGGCCUUGGACUCCUACUCGAACAAGCAAGCCAUUUCGCUAUGCAAUAAGCAUUUGAAAAAACAGCCGAAUGCACUCAUCCUAAAGGCGCUGAAGGCAAUAGCCCUAGAUCGCUCCGGAAGAGACGACGAAGCACUCGAACUCUGCGACGAAGUCAAAAAGGGGGAUGUCAGCGACGAGGCGAUUCUGCAAGCGAUUGUGAUGGUCUAUCGGGGCCAUGGGAGACAUGCGGAUAUCAUCGAGGUGUACAAGAACGCGUAUGCGAAGGCGCCGAAGAACGAGGAGCUUGCCAACCACUGGUUUAUGGCAUUGGUUAGAGCGGAUGACCGAUCGGCGAUGCAACAGGCUGCGAUGAAGAUACAGAAGCAGUUCAAGGACAACCGAUACAUGUUCUGGACGAUCAUGUCGCUGUGGCUACAGGCGAAACCAGGGUCGGCAGGUCCAGACUUGAGUCUGACGCUCACGGAACGAAUGCUUGCGAAAGCAGCGCAGGAGAAGCGGAUCACUGACUAUGAAGCUCUGCAGCUCUACCUGGAAGUUCUGGAGAAGCAGGGAAAGCACGCGGAAGCACUUCAGAUCGCACAGGGUGAACUGGGCAAUCUUUGCAAAGUCGACGCCGAUCGUAAACGCAUCAUUGUGCGAUUAGCAAAGGCGGCAAAGGAAUGGAGCACCGUUCGCUCGGUGAGCAAGGAGCUGUUGUUGGCAAAUCCUGAUGAUUGGCUCAGCUAUUGCGAUUACAUUGCCGCGUUCAUAGAGCUUCUUCCUGUCGAGGACCGCAACCCCGACUCCGUGCAAUUGACGCAGUUCCGCGACCUGAUCUCCGUGCUGCAGAGCAAAGGGUCUUCGGACAAGCACGUGAAGAGAGGUCCCUACCUCGGUGAACUGGAACUGGAGAAAGCUCUCCUAUCGCUGCCAAACUCCAAAUUUGACACGACCCACAUAAGCGAACUGAUCGGCCAUUACCUCGCGCGCUUCGGAGCAACACUGUCCUGCUUUGACGAUCUGAAGCCGUAUUUGGAGCUCCUCCAGCCGGGAAGUAUCGAUCAAUCGGCCGUGAUCUCCGAACAAGGGGAGGACUCGAAGCCUGUGGACAAAAUCAGGCGGCGAGUGAAUCUGGAAAAGAUUCGGAGAUAUACCAGCAAGAAGUUGAGCGUCGAGGAGACUGCCGCCAUCGUUGGUGACUACUUGCGGGCAUACAAGGAGAGCAUUCCUAUCGGCAAGGAUCUGGACAAGCGCGAACUGCAGCCAGGGGAUGACUAUGUCUUGUUGGUCGCUCACUAUUUAUUAGAUAUCUUCCAGAACGACAGAGACAACCGCGCAUUGCUCGCUCAGAUUGCAGCUGUUCUGGAGUACGGAUUACAACGGAGCGAGUGGAACUAUCAGAUCAGACUGCUUCUUGUGCGAGUGUACUUUGAGCUAGGUGUACACCAACGAAUCUCAGAAAUCGUCAAUGUGAUGAGCAUCAAACAAGUCCAACACGAUACAUUGAGCUUCUUCUACACCGAUGACCUCGAAUACUUGGGAUGCCCGGACACCGCCUUGCGUGCUUUACUGAAGACCACCACGAUUCACCAUUCGAAUGAACGCGAGACACCGGAAAUGAUCGUUCAGGCCUUCAAGUUUGGAACUUACUCCAAGAUCCCCGAGUUCAUCCGUUUCCGCAACAGGCUGCGCAACUCGAUACAGCGCACAGUGUCCCAGAAACAGCUUUAUCGGGUCGAGACACUAAGGCGCUUCCCUGACCGAGCAGACUUUGCGGAGUACCUUGAUGGCCUUGAUCAAGCAACCUUGAAGUACUCGGAUGCCGACAUCGACCAGCUUUCUGAUAACCGGGACGUCAAAUUGCUUUCAAACUGGGGUGGUGCACCGGUUGCCGAUGUGGUGCGGGGAGCUACUUUCCCACGAGACAGGCGGACCUGGCUGAAGCUCAAUGCGCUUAUCCCACUGAUUCUGCGAGGCUUAACGUCGGGCGGGGCAAAGCCGUGGGAGGAGCACCACAAGGCUCUUCGGAGUGUUCUAGAUUCUGCAAAAUCGGUUAACCAAGAUGCAGAUGAACUGGCGAGCGCUGAGUUGCUCUACACCAUCUCCCAGGCACACUUGGAUGCAAUCGGAAAAGACGCGAUAGAUUUCACACCACUAAGUCAAGCAGUGGCCUCUUUGAAAGGUGGGCUUCACGAAUGUCCCUACUAGAACAUUUGUCGGUAAUCAUACCGUUUACCUUGGCUUUUCCAGAUUCAAUGCCAAAGCUGCAGCCUUCAUCCCCUUUGUCCUACGAUGUCCUUCGGAGACUCACUAUAUUCUUGGAGGUACGCCACAGCUUCCCGGCUCUCAUAUUUACAGAUUUGGUCCUCUCUAAGUACGCAUGCCUUCAGAAAUGCAACUAUGUCGCAAUU